CUAUGGUCUCGAAAGGCAGGAGAGGCCAACGUCGUUCGAUCUCGUCAAGGUAGCGUCUUGACUCGAGGUCUCGUCCUCAAGACAGACCAUUUCGAGGGCACGCGCGUUCGCCCCACGAAGCUCGAUCUGUCUUUGCAAGGUGCUCCGAAUUUCCGCAAAGCCGAUGCACCGCUUGAAGUCUAUGGUACCGCUCAGCCCACUAUCACGGGUCUGCGCACAAUAUUAGCCGUUUUGGGCGCAGCACCCCCUCCAGCAGCAGCUGCAAAUAAGAGGCCAUGGCAGAGGACGCCAUCCGGCAUGACGCUCAAAUCACCGCCAGUCUCGCGUCAGGCGUCGCAUCAGCUCAAUAAACAGGCCGCAUCGCCCAUCGAGUCUCCUGAUAUGCGUCCCAUUACUCAGCAGGCCAAGAAGAAGACCACAGUCUGGGUCUGUACCCGUGAAGAGCCAAUCAUCUACAUUGGCGCUCGACCCUUUGUACUCCGCGAGCAGACGAGCCCAAUUAACACCUUCUCCCUCUCGUCUCGUGCCGACAACUUGGAGGCCAUCGAGGGCAGGCUCAAGGACGACAUCCUGCGCGAGGCUGCGCGCUUCGGCGGCCUGAUCAUGGUGCAUGAGGAAGAAGGAAAAGGUGACGAGCCCAAGCUCAAGCCGACUUGGAUCGCUGUAGACACAGAGACCGUCAAGACGGUUCGAGAUGUCUUCGAGGAUCUACGCAGUCAAGGAUGGGCGUGCGACUACCAUCGCGUACCAAUCGCGCCUGACCAACCCAUAGAGAACAACUACCUUGAUGCAUACACGCGCAUUCUUCAGUCCCUCGACCCUGAGACGUCGGCAGUCGUUGCCAACUGCGGUGCGGGAGUCACGCGAACCACCUUCGCUAUGGUAGCGGCACAGAUCGUCAGGCGAAGACAGUGGAUCCUGCGUGGCCAUCCUGAUCCUUUCAACUUGGCCGACGGGACGAUGACACAAAGAAGAAGUACUGGCAUCAAGGGCAGCGCCGACUCGUCGAUGGCAAAGAGCCUGCGAGCCGUUUGGGAGAAGCAGGCUCAGGCUCAAGCAUUACUGAGACUGGUCCAGCUUCUGGGUACGGCAGGCUCUAGCUCUCCAGUCGAGCUCAUGCUGGCCAACCCAGACCUCCUUGAGGCGCUACGCCGAGCAUUGACCGGAGACUUUAGCGUCAUCCGUGCUCUAUGCGGCAUUCUCGACGCUGGAAUUGAUGACAAGGUUGUAGUGGAUGUGGCCAUCGAUUCAGCCGCGCACCUGACGAACCUGCGAGAAGCUGUUCUUCUCGAGCGAGCCAGCUAUGCCCUGAAGGCGGCCAUGCAUCUGGACAAGGCUGUUCGUGCUCUUGAGAAGUACUUCUUCCUCCUCGCAUUCUCCUCGUACGUCAAUACCAUCGAUGGAACGGCCGCCACGCCGCAAGACUCCUUCGCCAGCUGGCUGACCCGUCGCUCCGAAAUCUGGAACACCAUUCAGCGGAUCCGCUCAAAGGGCAAGCAGCUCUACCUCUUUGAUCCUGUGGCUGACCUGAGCCAGCUGCGUCGGGGUGGUGGGAAGGGAGCGCAUCAGGCCGGCGGUAUGGCGCACCUACGCAUGGCUACAGAGGAUUCGGCCGGCAACAGCAGCGAGGAGCAGCGUGCAGCAGCAGGUGACGAAUUUGCAGAUCACCAUGUCCGCAAUUUGCGCUCAGGUAUCGUGCUUCGACCUGGUACCUUGCUGAAGGAGGACCUCUGGCAAGCGCAACGUGACCGCCCGUCGGACGCUGCGGUCUUUGACGUUCGUGGAGCCAUCAACUUCAGGCGGAUCGCAGGGACAGCCAUCUUUGCUACUGGGCAGCCGACGGUCGAUGGGAUUCGCAAUGCGCUCAAGAGUAUUGGCGACCAGUUGAAGGGACGCGCAAGGAUAUCCUGCUACUGGCUGAAUUUGCGCGAAGAGCCGCUCAUCUACGUUGCCGGCCGGCCCAUGGUGCUGCGUGACUCGACGCUCUCCCUGCGCAACAUCAAAGCAUAUGGUGGCAUUUCUUGGGCGCGUCUGCAGCUUCUUGAAGACCGUCUCAAGGCCGACGUCAUUCAUGAGCUGCAGCAGAACGACGGACGUCUCCUCCUUCACUCCGAGGACGCCAACGGCGAGAUCUACCCGCAAUGGCAGGAGGUUUCAGCCGAUGACGUUGAGACGUUGCAGGACGUGAUGGGCAAGGUGUCGACCGAGGUCAAGCGCGACGGGUCUGCCAUCUGCGGUGUUGAUCAGCUCGAGUUCAGGCGUAUUCCUUUCACGGCGGAGAAGCCGCCUGACUACGAAGACCUCACUGCGCUCCUGCAGCUCGUACUGCGUUGUCGCGAUUCGGCGAUCGUGAACAAUUGUCAGCUUGGACGGGGCCGAAGUACGUUGGCUUCAGUCAUCGUGCUGCUCAUCGCUCAAUGGCUCCGCGAGCAUGGGAAUGCAGGCGAGGAGCUCUUGCUGCUUGCCAACGACGAUGCGAAGCCCUCUUCUCCCGCCGCGGAGCACCGCCCUCCACCACUCUCCUACCAUCUCAUCAACAGUCUGCUCCGCGUCAUCCCGCACGGCCUCGAAGUGAAACGCGCAGUCGACGAGGCCAUCGACCAAGGGUCCGCCGUGACCAACCUCCGCGACUCGAUCGAGGAGUUCCGCCUCGCAGCCGAGGAGAUGGACGGUGGAGACGACAAUCCGCAGCGCAAAGCCAAGAUCCAUGCAGGCUGCCAAGCCUUGCGUCGAUACUUUGUGCUCAUCCUCUUCCAGUCGUACCUCAGUCAGACCAAACCCGACGUCAUCGUGGGGGAUAUGCCCACCUUCCAGGACUUUGUGCAUCGUCAACCUGUGCUGCAGACGAUUAGCAAGGAGUUUGAGAAUGUCAGCCUGGCACUGAUCACGCCGCUGCAGCAGAAUGCGCAGGGUAGCAAGGGAGGUAUUGAGGCGGCGGAUGGGAUGGCUUUGGCGUCCGAGGUGGACGACGUGGUUGCGCAUCGUGAUGGCGCCAUCCUCACUGCGUAUACUAUGCUCAAGAGCGACUUCUUUUCGGGCAUCGCCAAGGUGCACCUUUCCCAGAUCGAGGGGAUUCCCAACUUGAGGCAGGUGCCCUUGCUGGUCGGCCCGCCAGAUGCUGAGCCGUCCACACCAGGGAAGCUGUCAAUGCAGGGAUCAUCGACGUGGGGCAGUGGGAUGCCGACGCUUGACGGACUGAGGGCAGGACUGGAAAAGAUGAAGGCCGGGCCCAAGGGCGACACAACUGUCGUAUGGACCUCGUUGCGAGAAGAGCCCGUCGUCUACGUGCGCGGACGUCCGCAUGUGCUGCGCCUCGCCGACCAGCCCCUCACCAACCUCGAAGCUACUGGUAUCACCACAGAAACGGUCGAGCGUCAAGAGAUUGCCCUGAAGCGCGACGUGAUCGAGGAAGCCGCUCGCCGCGACGGCCGCAUCUUGCUGCAUGACGAAGUGGAAGUCGAGCCUGGCAAAUUCGACAUCAUCCCCGUCUGGGAGAGCCUACGCAACCCGAACACGGACGUCCUCACCCCCGCCGAGGCGUACGCGAUGGUGCAGGCUGAGGGUUACCGGGUGGACUACGGGCGAGUGGCGGUCACAGAUGAGCAGGCACCCUUGCCCGGGGUGUUCAAGGCUAUUGAAGGGAGAGUGUUGACCGCGCUCAGGCAGGGAGCGGCCACUGCGUUCAAUUGUCAGAUGGGAAGGGGCAGAACAACGACCGGUAUGGUGAUCGCUGCCUUGGUCAGCACGGUGCACCAUCAUCGUGACGAGAUCUUGGCCGCUGGCCCAGGCGGUGCAGUCGAUCUGACUGCCAGCGGUGUGCUCAGCGGGGACGACAGCGUCAUUCUUGACGGCGGCGGAGGCGAGAGCACCACAGGCAGCGUUGCCGGUGAUAGGAUGACGGGAGCCAAGGAUUUCUUGGACAACCGCGAGGAAGAGCUUCUCCUCAACGGCGAGUACCGCAUCAUCCUUCGUCUCGUCGGCGUCCUUUCCCAAGGCAAGCUCGCCAAGCUCCUCGUAGACGAAGCCGUCGACCGCAUGGAUCAAGUACAGAACCUGCGUGUCGCCUGUUACGAUGCCCGCCUCCGAGCAGAGAAUGCUCCCGUCGGCUCAGCGAAGCGUCGUCACUUGUCGACCGUCUUCAACAACUACCUCGCUCGCUACGCCUACCUCAUCGCCUUUGCUAAUCAUCUGCUC